AUGAUCUUGAUUCUUAUUGUUCUCAGUAGCUUUUUUGCAAAUGAUUACAAUAGAAUUCCUCAAAAGCAAUUAAAUGAGCAAGUUGUGCAAGAACUACUUGCAGAACUUGAAAACUUAUCUAAUUCAACUUCAUCUGAAGAAACAACAACUUCAUCCUCAUCUUCAUCUGAAGAAACAACAUCAUCAUCUUCUACUUCAUCUGAAGAAACAACAACUUCAUCCUCAUCCUCAUCCGAAGAAACAACAUUAUCAUCUUCAUCAAUAGAAACAACAUCAUCCGAAGAAACAACAACCUCAUCCUCAUCUGAAGAAACGACAUCUUCAUCCUCAUCUGAAGAAACAACAACCUCAUCUUCAUCAUCUUCAGAAGAAACAACAUCCUCAUCUUCAGAAGAAACAACAUCCUCAUCAUCUUCAGAAGAAACAACAUCAUCAUCUUCUUCAUCUGAAGAAACAACAUCUUCAUCCUCAUCUGAAGAAACAACAUCCUCAUCAUCAUCAUCUUCAGAAGAAACAACAUCAUCAUCUUCAGAAGAAACAACAUCCUCAUCAUCUUCAGAAGAAACAACGUCAUCAUCAACUUCUUCAGAAGAAACAACAUCCUCAUCAUCAUCUUCUUCUGAAGAAACAACAUCUUCGUCAUCAUCAUCUGAAGAAACAACAUCAUCUUCCUUAUCAUCAUAUUCAGAAGAAACAACAUCUUCUUCUUCAUAUUCAGAAGAAACAACAGCAUCAUCAUCCACCAAUUCUGAAGAAACAAUACCAUCUUCUACUUCAUCAGAAGUUGAACCAAUUGUACCCACAUCUACAACAGUUGUAAUCCCAUCACCAUCUUCAACGCCAAACAAUAACUCUAAUAAUCAAGAUCAAAGAAAUGCUAAGGGCAGUAGCUCAACAAUUAUAAUUAUUGUUGUUGUCGUUGUUGUUAUUAUUAUAAUUAUCAUUGUUGUGGUAAUUUUUGUUAGUAAGAAGAAAAAGGAAGCCACAGCUGCUGAGUCAUCGGAAGGUGGAUCAGCUUCAUUCUAUGAAAUGGGCAAUGAAACACCAAUUGAUAUCGUUACUGAGGAUAAUAAAACGCAGACAUCCCUAUGGUGGCAGGCAAGCUUGGAAUCAGGUAAUGAUGGCCAUAUCGAAGUGUUUGAAGAUGUACCGGAUGAAGAACCAUCAGAUAAAAAUAACCAAGGUAAUGCCGAAAACAAUGAUAUUUGGCUUUAA